CUAGAAUAGAUCGGCCACGGUGCCCCUUCAGCUGGAACAUACCAGCAAAAUGGCGCAGCUGAGAUCGACCAGCUGGCUGCGGGGUUGCCCAGGUGGAUGUUGAGAUUCUGAAAUGUUGAGUUGGGAUGUUGAAAAGAAAAGACGGUGGGCGGUCUCGUGGGAUGAAACAAUGGGUUCUGUCUCCAGUACUUAAAUGGAUGGACAGCCUGCGACUGCACUUCUUCUGUUCCAAUCUCACAGCGGAGGACGGACGAAUAACCAGCAAACCGACAGAAUGGCACGCGACCAGGAACUCGUCUCCCUUUCCUCCUUUGCAAAAGACCUGCUGGCUAGCGGCCACUUGACAUCCCUGGGCUCAGCCAGCUUUCCCAAAGAGAAAGCCCAAGCCGCCCCUCACAGGACCCUGGAUGAGUCCUUCUCAACACAGCCAGCCAGCCCGGCCCAAUGGAUGAACUUGUCGACAUUUUCGGCUGUGACGUCCGUAUCUGCAGACUCUCCUGACUCUCCCGAGCAGCUCAUCGUCGGACACGCUGAGGUGCAAAACGUCGCGCUUGUUGUGGGAGACCAGGAUGGCACUUACAAUGACUGGAACGUGAUGCCUGUCCCCGUUUCUGGGGCCAAGAGCAGUGGGGCUCCGUUGCUUGUUACACCGGUCGGACAAUCCAAGCAGAUCGCUGCUCAGCCGAUGCUUCUGCUCCCUGCUCAUAUGGAUUCCGAUAUCUCGUUCCCCAAGGAUAGCAAGGCUGUGCCGUUGUCUGAAUUGGAGAAAGGACUGAAGGAGUCAAAGGGGAAGGUCGGUGCAGCCGCUAUUGAUUCCUACGUUCUCAGUGGUGAGAUCAAGAAUUUCUUCGGUGUUGAGGGAGUUACCGGCAAGCUGUACUGUUUCAAGAGCAAUGCAGAUGGGAAAGACAGUGAGAAAGACCAAGAUAUCAAUGAAAAGGUCAAGCUUGAAGACAUGGAAUCUCCCCUAGACAUCUUCUUCCCAGAGAUUGAAAACAAGAUGAUCCGAGGCUUGCCUCUCAAGAACCUGGAGUUUACCUUCGCAAACACGAACAAGGACACUCUGUUUCCCGAUGGACUCCGUCUGCAAGGUGAUUUGGAGUUGAAGGAUGGACUGCAGUGGAUCUCAGAUGGUUUGAAGAAUGUCUUUGGCAGUGACAAGGCCACAGAGCUACCCUCGAAAAUACGGCUCAGUGCUCUUUUGGCAAAGGAGAGAGACUGGAGCAAGAAGCCCAAAAUUGAGGGUAUCGUUCUUCAAGCUUUUUUCAAUGAGAUGAAGUUGCCUGCUUGGGACGUCUUGCAAUUCCAAACAGCGGGCAUCGAGCUCUCUGCUAGAAGGGAAACCAUAAAAAAGGAGGAGGAGGAGGAGGAGAAGGAGAAGGAGCAGGAGGGCGAUAAAGAAGACAAAGACAAGGCAAAGGAGGAGAAUGACGGCAAGUCAAAGGAAAUUAUAACCAAGAAAGACAAAGCCUCCUCCAAAGCCUCCACGAUGAAGUAUGGUGCCGCAGACGGAAUGGGCAAAAAGGAAAAGAAGGAAUGGAAGGUAGGUUUCGGGCUGUUUGGCAUGCUUCACAUUACAAAAGCUCCCAAGUCACCGGUGCCGCUGGAGGCAAGGUACUGGAUUCGUAUGGGAGACUGGAAGGAGGAAAAGGAGGGGGGAGAGGAGGGUGAGAAUGGAGGUGAGGAUGGAAAAGGCGAGAGCGGCAACGAGGAAGAGAAAGAAGAGAAGAAAGACGACGACGCAGGUAAGGAGACUGACGAAGCAGAUGCCAAGGAUGGUGAGGCAGACGAGGUCGCAGAAAGAGGAAAGCAAUAUGAAUUGUUGAUCGCGGUGGAAGAGUGGAAAGAUUUCUGUGCGAUCUCGAAUCUUGAUAUGAAAGAAGCUCGGUUGCACGCAUUCUUCAAACCCGGCGGAUUUCGCAAGUCUUGCACUCUCUCUGUAACUGGAUCUCUCGAGUUUGCUCAAGGGUGUCUUGACAAGAAGGAAGAUGACAAAAAGAUUGACGAGGGGCAAGUGGUUAAGGAAGAGGAGAAGCCGAAGAAUGCAACUCUCGAAAUCGAAGGGUUUCUAUCGAGACAGGACUACCAUUUUGACGCGAAAGUCGGAAACCUGAAACUCGACUCGAUAUUGAAGAUAUAUGCUCAGAUUACCGGAGGCGAACCAUCAAGGGAAGCCAAAGAGCAUGACCUGGUCUUUGAAGAACUGCAUUUGAAUAUCAGCCGCAAGCUGCAGAACAAGGAAAGCAGUGACGAGGAAAAGGAAGAAACGGAAGAAAACGAAGAAGAGAAGAAAAACGAAGAAGAGAAGAAAAACGAAGAGAAGAAAAACGAAGAAGAGAAGAAAAACGAAGAAGAGAAGAAAAAGGAGGGAAAGGUGGAAAAGGAGGGAAAGGAUAGCAAACAAGUGGAGAAAGAAGAUGGGGAAAAGAAGGGGGAAACGGAAGAAACGGAAGAAAAGAAGAAAAAGGACGAAAAGGAAGAAGAAGAGUCUUCGAGUUCCCUGGAGCUCUCUGGCAAAGUCAGCUUCAACGAUUGCAAGAGUGUUCAUGGUUUGAUCAAAAUAGACAGCAUCUCAGGCCUCACUAUCCAAGGUGGAGUCGAGGACUACGAAAUCAAGGAUGCUGGGGUCACCAUCAAAGAAGCCAGCAUCGAUAUCUUUAUUGGAGCAAAGCCAGAAAAGUCCAAGGAUGCCUCCGGGGAUACCUCCAAGGACAAGCCCAAACCCAAGGGAGAAAUAAAAGACAAAAAGAAAGCUGGAAAGGACAAGGUUGAGGUCUUCAAUCGAGCCAGCAAGUUUGCCAUCAAAGGAAAGGUUGAUUUCAGUGGCAUCACCGUGACGGCUGCGUUCAUGACUGAGCGGAGCGAAACCAACGCCAAGUCAAAGAAGAAGUCUGAACGAGAAUGGGUCUUGUUUGGCAUCUACGAGGGACCUUUGAACCUUGGGAAGAUGUGCCAUAUCAUGGAAGGCCCCAUGGCCGACCUGCAGCUGGAGAACAUCGCUCUGAUCGCGGCAUCUGGCGAAAACAAUACCAUCAAGGAAUUGAACACGCUCAAAUAUCCAGUCAAAAAGGGCAUCUCACUGUGCGCGACGGUGCCACCUCUGCCCGAGCUGAACAAUUUCGCCAAACAGAACGUGGAUGGUCUGGUUCUCGUCGCAACUAUACAGAACAAGCUGGAGCUUGACAUCCACUUGCCCAAAGCUUUUGAUGUCACGAUCACUGAUAGUGUGAAACUGUGCGAGAUUGGAGUUGGCAUCGAAAUCAGCCAGAAUCCUAGCUUGAUGGUCACGGGCACUUUAAACAUCUUGAUGGACUCGGACGAGGACCCCUUGCUGCUCGAAGGCAUGGUGAAGGCUGGUCUGCUAAGUUCAUCGGCUUCGAUCGCCACCAAGUCGCCGUGGGUGAAUCCGUUCAACAUCAGCAGACACGUUAAGAUCGCCGACUUCAGAGUCGAGAUUGAAAUUACCUAUGCAACGGUCAUGGAAGCUGGACCUUCCAAGCUGGGCCUUGCUGGAGAUAUUGAGGUAGGAGAUCUUACUGCUGGAGCUGCCAUGCAGAUCAGCCACCACCCUGGUGAGCAAGUCUUAUCGGCCAAUAUUUCCAAGGUCGAUCUGGUCGAAAUCAUCCAUGUUGCCGGCCAGAUUGCCGAGAUUCAAGUCUUGCAAGAUAUCCACGGCGGCGAUGAUACGUUUGUCUUUACCGAUGCCAAUAUGUACCUCUCCACAGGGGGGACCAUCGCCGGAAGAGAGUACCCGCAGGGUAUAUCAGCCGGUGGGAAGCUAACGGCGUUUGGCAAGACGGCCAAAUUCGACCUGAGCAUUACAAAAGCAGGUCUGGAUUUCCAAGGACAUAUCGACAAUUUUAGUCUCGGCCCGCUGGUCGUCUCAUCGGCGAAUGGAGAUCCCAGAGCCAGCAUGGUUGUGGUGAUGACCAAAGACCAACAGGUGAUCAAGGUAAACGGAAUGGUUACCUGCUUUGGAAUUGGCUUUGCCGCCUUGAUCGACAUCCAAAUGGGAACCAAGACCCCGUCUUUCGAUGCGUCCAUCGCUGUGGCUUUUACUAACGCGUUCGCAAUCAAUCUGCAAGCUACCGUGGAGGACUUCAAGGAGGUCAAGGAUCUAGCAACAAAGGAUUUAUAUUUCCACGCUGAGAUCAAGGGUGAUCUGUUUGACAUGAUUUGUGAAAGUAUCAAGAGCUUGCUCGAGACAAUCGAGAAGCUCGGUACGGAGAGUAUCGAAUCUCUUCAACAACUCAUCGGAGCACAGGUUGCCAUCAGGCAGGCUGAAAUGGACCAGCUCAAGGAGGGACUGACCAAGGCAGAGGAGGAAGUAAAGGCAAGGCGCGAGCAGCGCAAACGCAGGAUGACUGAGGAGAAGCAGAAACGCACCGAGGCAGCGAAUGAAAUCACUCGGCUGGAAGACGAGGUGACCAAAGCCAGGCAAAACAAAGCCAAGGUCGAACAAGAGCUGAAAGACGCGGUCGAAAGGGCCAAGCAGGAAAAGGCAUCUCUCAUCCAGCGCAAGAGAAAGGAGUACGAUGACAAGCUGCAAAAGGCCAUAAAAGAAAAGGAAGACUAUGAGGCGGUGUUGGCCCGGCUGAAGAAAAUGCAGCAAGAUCGAUUCGGCUUAGAUUUUCUCAAGAAGGUUAAUAUUGCCAAAGGAGCCUAUUAUGAAAAAGAGAGGAUUCUGGAAGCUGCGUGGAAAGACGUUGAGUGGUUGAGAUGGAAGGUAAAAAAUGUAUACGUAUGGGAGCUUCCUUACUGGCUCCCCCAACUCGGGGCGGCCGAAUUGUUCCAUGAAUCUGCCAAAAUAAUAAUGGGCGGUUAUCUCGAAGCGGCAAAGGCACUUGAAGACACCCUUAAUUCCGACGCCUUCCAACAGCUCGUCAAGGGUAUUGAAGAUGCAGAAGCGGCGGUGGAACACACGGCCAAUGGAAUCAACAGCCUUGUCAACGGAGGGGGGUUCGACGGGUUUAUCAGAUCCUUUAUUGACACAGAAGAAGAGAAAAUCAAAAGAGCCAUAAAGAAUCUCGAGGCGAUGCAGAAUGAGAACAACGAGUAUCAGAGGGCUAUCCGGGAGGCGCUGGAAAUCCUGAACCAGAACAAACCAGGACUCGAAGAUGAGAUCGCCAAGGCCGAUGAGAAGCUCAAAUCGCUGGAAGAGGAUGCAGUACUGGCGGAGCUCGAGCGAAACUACAAAAAUCAGCUUGAGAUGCAUGAAAAAGUGAAUAAUGUCAUACAAGGAAUGCAGGCCGGUCUGCAGACGCUCAAGGAGAAUUGGCAAAAUGGAAUGCAUGCGCUGGAAAAGGUGGUCGAUGACAUCCAAAAGACAAUCAACGCCGGCUUUCACAUCGAGCAAAUUGAGGUGGCAGUGCACACUCAUGCGCUGGUUGACAACAAGCCCCUGCUGUUCAAAUUCCAUGGCACGGUGGUGAGCAAGCACUUUGACAUUGAGGCAGAAUGGACGCCUGGUAAACCGCUCAGUGACUUUUACAAGGGAGUGACCAACAAGAUCCUGAAGCUUGCGGUGUGA